AUGGCGGAGUUACCUCUUCACAUCAUGGUGAACAUACUCUUGAGAUCACCAGUCAAGUCUCUGAUCCGUUUCAGGUUGGGAAUUCGAUUUAAUUCCCUACAGUUCGAGCCUCUACCAAAGACUAUUGUCUUAUGGAACCCAUCUACUAGACAAUGCAAUCAAUUACCACCAAAUCCUAACGUUUUGGAUUUUCUUGGUUGCUAUGGAUUUGGGUAUGACUCCUUUGCCGAUGACUACAAGAUAUUUGUUGUUUCUAUGCUCAAUCCCAACAUUGAGAUCGUGGUGGAUGUUUUCUCAUUGAAAUCCAAUAAAUGGAAAAGAAUUCAGGAAAAACAUCACACUAGGGUUGCGUACAUGUGUGCAACUGUUUUACAUGGGGCACUCCAUUGGCCAGCAAUUUCGAGAGAAGAAGAAGAUCUAUAUGUUAAGUUGAGGGUUGUAGGAGGAUGCCUUUGCAUACAGGGUUUUGAAGAUCCAAGUAAGAUGUGGGUUAUGAAAGAGUAUGGUGUUGACACAUUUUGGAGUAAGAUGGCUUCCCCAUAUAACAGUUGUAGGAAUAACUUGAAUGAAGAAUUCAAGUGUUACUUGUUACACACUCUGAAUAAUGAACAUUUGUUGUUGGACAACUAG